AUGUCCUAUUACUUUGCCAUCAUCGGCACGCAGGACAACCCCCUCUUCGAGUAUGAGUUUGGCACUUCGAAGCAGGGUGGCGACGGCCUCUCCCGGUUUUCGGAGCAGGCGCGCCACAUGAACCAGUUCAUCCUGCAUAGCAGCUUGGACAUCGUCGAGGAAGUACAGUGGACCAACGGGCAGAUGUACCUCAAGUGUAUCGACAAAUUCUUCAACAACUACGUGUCGUGCUUCAUCACGGCCGGCAACGUCAAGUUCCUCCUCCUUCAUCAGCCCUCACAGCCUCUUUCGUUGUCCACCUCAUCCCGGUCGUCCACAUCCAUCGGAGCCAACCCGACGAGUCCGGCCACGGAGGAGGCCAUCCGCAGCUUCUUUGCCGAAGUUUACGAGAACUGGGUCAAAGCCAUAAUGAGCCCCUUUUAUAAAGUCAACAUGGAGAUCAAGAGCCCCGUCUUCCGCAGCAGGAUAGCGGCGGCCGGGCGGAAAUACCUCUAG